UAAGGCUUUAAUGCUGCCAGAAUGUAAUGGGCGCCUUUUGUUCUUAGAAAUCUUAUAAUAGCAAAAGCGGUUUUGUUAGCUUCUGUUGUUACAUGAGUUAUAUAUGGGCUUUCCUUAAACCUUUAUCAUGGAAAACUACUCCUAAACACUUAAAACUAUGCACUUGUUCAAUUUUUCGACCAUUUAUAGUCCAUGUUUGAAUUUUGGCACGUUUUGCGAGGGACAUUAUUUUGGUCUUUUGAUAGUUAAUCGUAAGGAGGUUCUCUUGACAAUAUCCUGCCAGAGAGUGAAGCGCCCGUCAUAAUUCAACAGGAGUCCUAGACAGUAUCAGGGCAUCGUCCGCAUAUAAUAGUAUAGAUAUUUUCUUGUCUGCCAAUUGGGGUGGAUGGAACUCUGAUUUCUAUAUGCAUAUGCCAGGCAAAAUAUGAAAUGCAUAUGUCAUGCAACCAACUCUGCCAUUUGCUGAUUUGACUCUGAGGUCACAAUCUCAUAGCUCAAGCUCACUUAUGACCUACAAUUGGCCUAGCUAGGAUGACUUCAGGAGGAGCCAUGGGGAUUGCAAGACCUGGAGAGCUUCAUUUCCCCUGCCCUUGAACUACCUUUAAGACCUAGAUGGAAACCUGGAGAAGCUUUGAGCUUGUUGGGAUGGAGUUAGGACGACAGUCCCAAGAACACCCUCCAGAGUCUCCAUCUGGAACGACAGUCUUAAUUGGCCCCGCUCAAAGCACCUCAGCCUGCCUCCUCUCCACCAUGACUUCUGCAGUUUGCACCCAAUAUGCCGUGGAUUUGGGGAGAUUGUGCCAUGACCUGAAAAACACUCAGGAGGACAUGAAGAACUUCCAGGACAAAGUCACGGGCACCUUGGUGAAGCUGGAGGGCAUCCUUGGUUACUUGACAGAAGUGGUGGCCAGGCUCGAAACCAGAAUCCACAACGUGGAGCAGAGGUUGAGGGUAGAAGAGGACAAAGGCACAGCGCGGAGCAAAGUUCUGUCCUUCCUGCUGCCCAGGGAGAAUGAUCUACGCAAAAGAUGUGGGAUAAUGGAAAACAUGUUUUUCAAGAAGUGGACCUGGCUGGAGGAAAUGUUCCAGAUAUGGACCAAAGAUUGGAGAAACCCAACACAAUUUGGAAUCAGUGAGAGAGGAAACGGAAGUCUUGCCCUCAAACUUGGGUCAGAGGACCAAAUGUCAACAGAGUUAUGAAGGAAUGGGAUGGGAAUGAAACAAA